ACUCGAAUGGCAGGCGUUAAAAUUUAUCACUAGGUUUUAAAAAAAAAAAGAAAUCGUAAAAUCUAGAUACGAAAGAAUCCAGUAUGUAUUUCUACUCGUUCCCGAAGGCAGGCAUCACGAUUUUACGCUUAUCAAUGACGUGAAAAAACCCACAAAAAUAGUCUGAUGAAUAUUCAUGAGCGCUUGAUCCAGCGGUGGGAAAGGUAAAGGACAGGUUGAGCACCUCGAUAAGGCUCGAGACGUUUUCGUGCGGUGUCGUGGAGAAAAAGAGAAAGAAGGAGAGAAAGCGAGAAAGAGAGGAAGAACUCUUCAGUGCUGGAAGUUAAGAUAUGUGUUUUUGAUUAAAAGCCACGAAAUCCGAGGAAGCAAUGGCCGAGAAGUUCAUAGAAGCGGCCAAGGAUGGGUACGUGGAUUUAUUGAGAGAGGCUCAGAGGAAAGAACUGAACACCCCAGAUGAAGAUGGGAGAACGGCAACGCAUUGGGCCGCCCACAAUGGAAAUCUGGAAGCACUGAGACUUAUUGUGGGCAGAGGCGGUGAUGUCAACAAGAGCGACUUUCUUGGAAACACGUGCCUUCAUCUUGCCGCGGCUAAAGGUCACAUGGAUGUGGUCAGCUACUUGGUCAACUGGGGCUGCAACCUGUACGCACUGGACAACGACGAACACUCGGCCCUGGACAUAGCCGGUCUGAACAACCGCGUGGAUAUCAUUAAGUUCCUGGACAACGCCCGGAUCCAGCAGCAGCAGAAGAACCCCAAACUCGUCAUGAAACUGCGGGAAGACGCGCAGAGAGUUUGUGAACGGAACCGGAAGCGGUACGAGCGUUUGCAGGAAGAAGCCGCUAGGCGCGCUGCUAAGGAGGACAAGAGGAUAAGAGCGGCCGAUCCAGAUUUCAGACCCCCGGGCAAAAUGUCUUUCAUUAAAACUUUAACAUUGAAGAUUAAAGGAAACCCAGCCAAUAGUAAGCCUAGAGUAAAUCAUUUCCACACGUCGAGGAAGUAUUCAGAGAUGGCUGGUUUUGCGACUUCUGGCGCGGGUAGGAAGAUUUACCAGAAAAAGAUUUUGACGGACGAUUCAGCGUUUAAUAUCGGUAGCGGACUUAGAAGUCUCAAUGGCGUGCCGGGUACUUCCGCUGACGUAAUAUACAACAGAACAGUCAGUGACGCCACUAUGUCAGGCGGGAACCCGUCUCGCACUAUAUUCGACGUGUUUCCUAACGGGACCAGGACGAAUUUGGUGAAGGCUAAGAGCGAGUCGGAUAUUCUCUUUGAUUCUGGGGUCGACAGCUACCACAGCGACAACGAUGACGACGAGAAGGGUGGGGUGUUCUACAGACCGGGUUUCGGUCAGACCGCAUUUCUUCGGAAAAAUCCGUUCGUUAAUACGCUACAUUCGUUUGAACAGGAUAACACGGAAACGAACGAUCUCACCAACGGUUUCUCCGGAGAUGCCAAUUCGGAUGACGGAAUCGAUAGAUCGUUCGGUUUCGGCGUGAACGGGGUUUCCGACAAGAUGAAGGAGUUACCAUGGGAUCCCGACGAAGUGGAAAACCUUGACGACGACGACGACGAUAGCGAAUUCACGGCUUUAGAAAUGUUCUUGGUGUCGUCGGGACUAUCGACGUAUAUUCCUUAUUUUACCAAAGAAAAAGUCAACCUUGAGCUGUUGAUGAAACUCACCGACAGUGAGUUCAAAGAAAUUGGAAUUCCUUUCGGUCCUAGGAAGAAAUUGGCUGAGGUGAUCGCAAAAAGGAGGGACAUUCUAAACACACCCACAGCAAUGGCCGACACAUUCUUGUGAAGGGAGAUAACCCACAGGUUAUUCAUGAUUUACAUGACUUCAAUGGAUUUGAUAAUAAUGAAAUGAUGUAGAAAUGGAAUAAUGUGAUAUAUUGUGAAAAAAAAUAUUGAAACAUGCAUAAGGGUCUUUUUUAUUCGUGUGUUGUUUUGUUUGUUUAAAACCAUGUUUUUACUUUAAAAUGUACAAAUGGCGGGUGAAUUAUCGCAAAGUUCCUGGAGGCUCAGUCAGUGUAGUCUUUUUAGACAUGCCAGAUGUGUUCCUUGAACUUAUAAGAUUGAUUGUGGUGGAUAUGUUACGUAGUGGAAAGCACAGAUUAAAAAAAAACAAAAUUAAUAAAAUAGCGUGAAUAUUUACUAACAUGCCUUAUUACAACAACGUUUGAUUUUCUUUAUGGAAAUUCUAAUCGGAUUUUAUACAUCAAAUGCUGUUUCUUGUACGACCCGAUACCUUCUGCAUCAGCAUGUCGGAUUGUGCAUAGUUUUUCAACGUUUUAUGGAAUGACCAAAAAAAUAUUUCAUCAAGCGUUGUCGGACAAAGACUGCUGGUGCAUUUUUUUUCUAUUUUCUGAUUUAAUACUUUAAAUACUGCAGGGAUGAGGUUACCGUUGUUAACUAAGCCCUGCUCGUGAUGGUUGCAGCGGGGAUGGUUUCACCAGUUUCCGCCAUCUUGUAUUCCCAGUGUUUGGCUUACUUGAGUGUGAUUCCUGGAUAAGUCAUCACAAGCAAAAUGAUUUUUGAACAUGUAUAUGUAACUACAAGAAAUGGGAAAUUAGACAGUUAUUAUCAAUUAAAGGUGUACAUGAUGCCAGACAGUGAUUUUAGCGAAAGCCUGUAGGAACGAUUUUGGACUGGCACAGACCAUAUUUUUAUCUUUAUUUAUAGAGAGUAGGACAAAACCCCGCAUCUUUUCGUCGUCAAG